CAUUCUCUCCAUCUUUAUUAUCAUUCUAGUUUAUAUUUCAACAUGGUAUCAGAGCCUUCCAUUUCAUGUAGUUUUUCCUUUGAGAUUUCAGUUUAGUUUGUCAUUAUCUCUAUCUCAAUUUAGUUUUCAAACUGUGUUCUUUAUUCAAGAAAUUGAUUUCAGUCCACAGUCUUCAAGAACCUCUGAUCUCAGACUUUUCCCAGAACCUUUUUCCAGAACUUCUUCCCAGAACAUCUUUCCAGAACCUCCCAUCUCAGAAGCCGGCAAGCCUUUUCACACUCUGGUUCACCCCCCUCAUCCUCCGGUUCGGCUGCCGCCGUCGACCAACCACCCGGAGUCCGCACGCCCAAAUCACCUUGCGUGAGUUACACGCGCCGUCGGAAGCUCCCACAGCCAACACACGCGCCGGCGCGUGACGCCGUGUUUCUGGCUGGAGAUUCUAACGGCGAGCAUAGUCAGAUUCGCCGGAGUGUCCUGUAGCAAUAUCCAGGUAUAGAUAGAAGGAGGGCUGGGUCUUGGCUGGCAUCGGAAAUCUGCGUUAUCUGCGGACAUACGCACGCUCAUAUCUGCGGACAUACGCACUGUUUUCGUCUGGUUGUUAUUCAGUGGGGAUUUGCAUAGGAAUUCUGUCUGGAGUAGCAGUCAACGGCCCAAGCAAAUUGGAUAUUCUAUUCUCCAAAGUUUAGUCCACAAAUGGGAAAGGCUUAUGUAAGUUUUCCACCUUUAUCUCAAUUUUGAAUUCAAAAAAAAAAGGCAAAAAAAAAAAAGGUGAUAAAAAAAAAAUGUUCUGUCCUCGUGAAUUUGGAAAACAGUUAAUAUGCAACUACUGUAAGAAAUCUGGGCACUUGAUCAAAGAAUGUAGAAAAUUGACAUUCAAAAAUCAAGGAAAUUCGACUGCUCAUGUUGCUUCCGCUACCAGCUCAUCUGAUGGAUCCAUUGCUAUUUCUUCAGGCGAGUAUGCUAAAUUUAUUUGCUACCAAGAAUCUCUAAAGCAUUCCUCUAUCCCUAUCUCGGUAGUCGCAAAUUCAGGUAUUUCAAACACAUGUCUUGUUUCAUCAUCCUCGAAAUGGGUCAUUGACUCAGGUGCCACAGAUCAUAUGACUGGUAAUCCUAGUCUAUUCUCAUCAUUUCACUCGCAUUUACCUACUUCCAGUGUCACUUUAGCUGACGGGUCUACCUCACCCGUUCUUGGAUCCGGUACUGUUGUACCAACUUCUACAUUACCAUUAUCGUUUGUUUUGAGUCUUCCUAAUUUUUCGUUUAAUCUGCUUUCCAUCAGUAAAAUCACACGUACCCUUAAUUGUUCUGUAACAUUUUUUCCGGGAUAUUGUGUGUUUCAGGAUCUGUUAACGAAGCAGACUAUUGGUAAAGGACAUGAGUCGGCUGGUCUUUAUAUUUUGGAUACAUCAAUCACAAAAGGUAUCUCUUGUCUUGGGGUUGGAAAUCUAUUAGAAGCUCAUUACUGAUUAGGACAUCCAUCUCUCCCACUAAUGAAGCAAAUACAUCCUCAGUUUAAUAAGGUGUCAUCUAUACAAUGUGAGUCGUGUGAGUUUGCAAAACAUCAUCGCACUAGUUUAAGUCCCCGACUUAAUAAACGAGCAAAUGCUCCGUUUGAUCUUGUCCAUACCGAUGUUUGGGGGGCAUGUCCAGUCAUGUCCAAAUCUAAAUCUGGUUUCAAAUAUUUUGUUACUUUUGUUGACGAUUAUUCUCGUAUGACAUGGUUGUACUUCAUGAAGCGUCGAUCCGAGUGGGAAAGUUUGUCGACUUCGCAAAUCUCUUUAUGGUUUGAAACAGAGUCCUCGUGCAUGGUUUGGGAAAUUCAGUCAAUCUAUUGAACAAUUUGGAAUGAUAAAAGGUCAAUCAGAUCACUCUGUCUUUUACAAAAGAACGAAAGCAGGUAUCACAUUGCUUGUGGUGUAUGUCGAUGAUAUUGUGAUUACAGGAAGUGAUACUGCAGGUAUUUUGGCCCUUAAGAAUUUUCUUCAUAGCCAAUUCCAAACAAAAGACCUAGGCUCGUUGAAAUACUUUCUGGGUAUUGAGGUAACACGGAGUAAGAAAGGUAUAUUUCUAUCUCAGCGUAAAUAUGUACUUGAUUUACUAGCUGAAACAGGAAAAAUGGGAGCAAAGCCAAGCACGACUCCCAUGGUUCCCAAUGUGCAACUCACCCAAGAAGGCAUACCAUUCGAAGACCCAGAAAGGUACAGAAGAUUGGUUGGAAAGCUUAAUUAUCUUGCAGUCACCCGUCCAGACAUUGCUUACUCUGUGAGCGUUGUGAGUCAAUAUAUGUCAUCUCCGACCAUUGAUCAUUGGGCUGCUGUAGAACAUAUAUUAUGUUACUUGAAAGGAGCACCAGGACGCGGGAUUGUCUAUCAAAAUCAUGAUCACUUGAGAAUAGAAUGUUUUGCAGAUGCUGACUGGGCCGGAUCUAAAGAUGAUCGAAGAUCUACCUCGGGCUAUUGUGUCUUUGUUGGAGGGAACCUAGUAUCCUGGAAGAGUAAGAAACAGAGUGUGGUUUCUCGUUCGAGUGCUGAAUCAGAAUAUCGAGCUAUGGCGCAAUCUGCUUGUGAGAUCAUGUGGAUAGACCAUUUAUUAAGUGAAAUCGGAUUGAAGACACCAAUGCCUGCUAAAUUGUGGUGUGAUAAUCAAGCUGCCAUACACAUUGCCAACAACCCAGUAUUUCAUGAGAGAACAAAGCAUAUUGAGGUUGAUUGUCAUUUUAUUCGAGAGAAGAUACAGAAAGGAUUGAUCUCUACGGGAUAUGUGAAGACUGGAGAACAACUUGGAGAUUUGUUCACUAAAGCACUAAAUGGGAUCCGAGUUGGUUACUUAUGUAACAAGUUGGGCAUGAUAAAUAUCUAUGCUCCAACUUGAGGGGGAGUGUGAAAGAUAUAGAAUAUACUUUAGAAUAUUAGAAUAUACUUCAGAAUAUUCUAGGAAUAUACUUUAGGAUAUAUUAUUGUAUAGAAUCUUAUAUAGGAAUAUUCUAUUUGUAAUGUAUAUUUAUAGGGACUUUCACAACUAAUGAAAUACACAGAAAAUCCUUCUCUCCAUCUUUAUUAUCAUUCUAGUUUAUAUUUCAAC